AUGAGUGUCGUUUGCUCUAAGAAAGAGCAACUUGCUCUUCUCAAGUUCAAACACAAUGUCAAAGAUGACUAUGAAAUGUUGUCAUCAUGGGUUGGCAAUGACUGUUGCAGGUGGGAAAGAAUCCAGUGUGAUGUUGUCACUGGAGAAGUCGAAAGCCUUAAUCUUAGAGGAAACAAAGCAUAUUCAUACGAUGAUCAAGGCUACCAGUACUUGGUUGGUAAUGAGGUGAACUCUUCAUUGGCAGAGUUGAGGCGUCUCAAAUACUUGGACUUAAGUGCGAAUUCAUUUGGAGGAAGUCGGAUCCCUGAGUUCAUUGGAUCUUUGAAACACCUGAGGCUGAUGACAGAUGAUGUGGCAUGGACUUUUCGUCUUUUGUCACUUGAGCAUCUCGAUUUGAGUGCAUUUGAUCUUAGUAGAACAAAAAACUGGGACAUGUUGCUUUACAUGAUUCCUUCGUUGAAAGAACUAUGUUUGUCAUCUUGUCAACUUUCCAAUGCCGAUGUUCGUCCUUUUCUUAAUUCGAGUAAAAUACUUCCCAACAUCAAACACCUGGAUCUUAGCAAAAAUUAUUUCAAAGGUCCACUCCCUGGAUUUUUUCAAAAUAUGACAUCCCUAGCGUUCCUUGAUAUUUCACACUUCAAUAUUAGUCUGACAUGCAUGGAACUUCGCACACUUGCUAAACUUGAUCCCUUCUUUAUCAGAGCUUCAUUUGUCAAGUUGUGAGCUCGAUAAGACAUUUCUAUCUUCCUUUCAUCAUAAUUUCAGUGCACUUUCUAAGAUCCAACAUCUGGAUCUUAGCUUCAAUUCAAUCCAAGGCAUGUUUCCAUCAGUUUUAACAAACAUGAGUUCCUUAAGAGUCCUUGACCUCUCAAGAAACACGUUGAAUUCAUCGGUUCCUCUAAUACCUAACCUUCUAGAACUCGAUCUUUCGUUUAACGAGUUUAAGCAGAUCGAGCAUGUUGGAAUCUGGAGACAGUGUCACCUGAAAGUCCUGAGUGCCUCAAACAAUCAUUUUAAUGUAGAAAUGAUUGACUCACCAAAAAAUUUAUCAAAAUGUUCUCAAUAUGCUUUGGAGAGAUAUUGGAUUUACAUGAGAGUUUGUAUGGUGCAAUUCCAGAAGCAUUUGGAAGAUUGUCAAAUCUAAUAGAUAUAGAUCUAUCACAUAGCAGAUUGACAAGUCCAAUCCCUGAAUCUCUAGGAAGAUUAAGGUUUUUAGAAGUAUUAGAUCUAUCCUAUAACCAGAUAAAAGGUCUCAUUCCAACAUUUCUUGGGAAACUUCACAAACUUGACCUUUCUUUUAAUCAAUUGAAUGGUUCAAUUCCAGAAUCCAUUGGAAAGUUAGCAACCUUAACAGAUCUGGAUCUAGAAUUCAAUUGGUUAACUGGCUCCAUCCCAACAUCUUUAGGAAGACUUGGUUCAUUACGAAAAUUUUUGGUUGGUUCAAAUUUGUUAAAUGGGACUAUUCCGGUUUCAAUUGGGGAACUUUCCAAACUCCAUUCUCUAGAUAUCGCUAACAAUUCUUUACAAGGAGUAUUGUCUGAAGCCCAUUUUUCUAACCUUGCGGUGUUGAAGGAGUUGUAUGCUUCUUCUAACAAAUUGAAAUUCAUUGUUUCACGUGAGUGGGUCCCUCCAUUCCAAUUAGAAAGUCUUGAACUCAGUUCUUGCAAUAUCGGAAGUGGAUUUCCGCAAUGGCUUCAAAAUCAAAGGAAACUUGAGCUGUUAGUGUUGUCCAAUGCUACAAUUUCGGGACCUCUCCCCACCUGGCUAUAGAAGAUGAACAUUUCUUUCUUAGAUCUUUCUCACAACAAACUUAGUGGACCUUUGACAAACCUUCCUAGUGGAGGAAUUUCUCGUGUAUUAUUUCUAGAAGAUAACCUUUUCAGUGAGUCGAUUCCAAGGUCAUUGUGCAGAAGGACAAAUUUGCAAUUUCUUGAUCUUUCGAAAAAUAGGUUAACUGGGAGAAUUCCGAAGUGCCUUGAGAAUUUGAAAACUUUGGCUACAAUGAUAUUUAGCUCAAAUCAGCUGUCUGGUGUCAUUCCGAGCUCUGUAGCCCUUACAUCGUUAUGCCGGUUAAACUUGAAUGACAACAACUUUACAGGUGAACUUCCUCUAGAAUUGGGGAAUUUACGAUGUUUAAAUGUUUUAGAUUUGGGUGAUAAUAGAUUCACUGGGAAUAUACCCAAGUGGAUAGGAGAAAACCUUACGUCAUUGAUGGUUUUAAGGUUACGUAGAAAUAACUUCACCGGUAGAAUUCCUGAAUCUUUAUGCAUAUCUUCAAAUCUUCGAAUUUUGGAUGUUUCACACAACAAUUUAACGGGUACUAUCCCUCGUUGUUUAGGAGAGUUGAGUGCCAUGGUUGAAAUCAACCCAUUACCUUGGUAUUCUGGAAGUAUCGAUUAUGAUGAGAAUGUAAUUCAAGCCAUGAAAGGUGCUGAUCUUGAAUAUACAACAAAUUGGGAAUUAGUUUAUAACAUGGAUCUUUCAAGCAAUAAACUUGUCGGAGAAAUACCGCUUGAGCUAACUGCACUUUGUACAUUGAUGGGUCUCAAUUUGUCUAAUAAUCAUCUCAGAGGCAGUAUUCCAGGCAACAUUGGAAACAUGAAGAACUUAGAAUCUCUGGAUUUCUCCAACAACGAGUUGAUAGGAAUGAUCCCUUCAAGCAUGGCAGGUUUGAACUUUUUGAGCCAUUUGAAUCUGUCACACAAUAAUUUUUCAGGACGAGUUCCUACAGGAAGUCAACUGCAGACUCUUAUUGAUCCAUCCAUAUAUGAUGGGAACAAAGAUCUAUGUGGACCUCCAUUGCCAAAGAGUUGCUCAAAUCAUCAAGGCCCAACAACUGUUGAGCCCACGAAGAUCCAUCAAUACAAAUGUAUGGUUAUUUUACUUGGACAUAGUGUGUGGUUUUGCAACAGUAUUUUGGGGUAUUAUUGUAUUUUUUUUCUUUAAGGAGCAGUGGAGAAGGAAGCUUUUCAUGUUUGUUGAGAAAACCAUUGACUUGAUACAUGUUGAAGUUGUGGUAAGAGUUGCCAAGUUGAAGAGAGGAAGGAUGGACGCAUAGAUCCUUCGGGAUGCAUGUAAUUACCAAGUAUAUGUUAUAAAUGAUUAGUUUGCUUUUUCCUAUUACCGAUAUUAUGCUUAUUUGUACUAAUAUUUGGAAUCUAUAUGUGUAUGGCAUUUAUAGUACAUGUGUUGUUUAAAAGUGUUAA